UUUUAAAGUGACUAAUUCCCCUAAUUCACAAACUCCAUUGUAUGAAAAUCAACCCAUGUCCUAAUGUUACAGACCGUUAAGCCCUAAGUAUCAAAUGCUAUAAGUACGAUACAAAUUGAAAAAGAAAGAGAAUUGGUUUUGUUGAAGAAGAAGUUGAAAAUUGAAAUGGCACGUUACCAACAAGUGCUUCUCAGUAGAAUCAAUUCUUGCAAAUCAAAAUUCUCAUCCGCCGAAGAAAUCACCGAUUAUCUCUAUAAAACUUACUCCGAUUACAGCUGGAAAACAAAUCCACCACUCCUUCAUUUAGUUCGUAAAGCUCUCGCUUCUUCUUCUAACAACAACAAUGAAGAAACUCUUUCAAAGAAACGCAAGAUUAUUGAACCUGAACCUGAAUCCGAAGAAGAAACUGAAUCUGAUGCUGAUGCUGAUGAAGAGGUGACUAUGUUUAAGGAUUUAGUUGGAAAUGAAAUGAAGAAGAUAAUAAAGGAAUUGAAGAGAAGUGUUAAGUUACUGCGUCAACCUGAAUUGAUUAAAGAGUAUGGAAUGAAACCUAAAAGAGGAAUUUUGUUACAUGGGCCAUCUGGUUGUGGAAAAACUAUGCUUGCUUAUGCUAUUGCUAAUGAAGCUGAAGUUCCCUUUUAUCCUGUCUCUGCUACUGAUGUUGUUUCCGGGAGAUCUGAAGAAAACAUUACAGAGCUUUUCUCUAAAGCAAAAACGAAUGCUCCAUCAGUUAUCUUUGUUGAUGAUAUUGAUGCAAUUGCUUUGGAAGGAAAGAAUUUACAGCGACAGAUAGAGACACGAAGUAUGGCAGAAUUAUUAACUUGCAUGGAUGAAGCUUCUUCUUCAGGAAGUUCUGAUGAACCUACUGGUUAUGUUCUUGUAAUUGGAGCCACAAAUAGGCUUGAUGCUAUUGACUCUGCUCUUAGAAGGCCUGGCCGUUUUGAUUGUGAAAUUCUUGUUGGCAUUCCUGAUGAAUCUGCGAGGGAGGAGAUCCUUAUCAUGCAUACUCGAAAUUGCAGUCACAAGCUUGAUAGAUCAAUUGAUCUGCGAAAAAUAGCCAGGUCUACGCCGGGAUUUGUUGGUGCUGAUUUAGAAGCUCUGGUUGGCAAAGUUUUAGAGCUGGCAUUUCAGAGGAUAAUGGAUGAAAUGGAACCUGAAUCAUCAAAUGAUCUCAUGAGUGAUGAUGAAAGCUGGUGGAAGGAGAAUUGGUCGCCUCAACAAAAAAAUAAAUUUGCAAUCAAAAUGUCUGAUUUUGAGGAAGCAAUCAAAAUGGUACAACCUUCGUUAACAAGAGAAGGAUUCUCUCCCAUUCCUGAUGUUAAAUGGGAAGAUGUUGGUGCACUUGAUCUUGUAAAAGAGGAGUUUGAUCUCCACAUUCUAAGGCGUAUAAAAUAUCCCGAGGAUUAUGAGGGACUUGGGUUGGAUCGAGACACGGGGUUUUUGCUUUACGGGCCUCCAGGAUGUGGUAAAACACUGAUUGGCAAAGCUGUUGCCAAUGAAGCCGGAGCUAAUUUCAUUUAUAUUAAGGGUCCUGAGCUUCUAAAUAAAUAUGUUGGAGAAAGCGAUUGUGGAGUCCGGAAAUUAUUUGAUCGUGCAAGGGCAUGUGCACCAUGUAUACUUUUUCUUGAUGAGGUGGAUGCUUUGACAACAAAACAUGGCAAUGAAGAUGCACUGGUUAUUGAAAGAAUAUUGAAACAGUUGCUUAUUGAGUUAGAUGGCGCAGAGCAACGGACAGGUGUUUUCGUGAUUGGUGCAACCAAUAGGCCUGAGGUGAUGGACAGUGCUCUCCUAAGGCUGGGUAGAUUUGGUAAUCUUAUUCAUAUCCCUCUUCCAAGCCCAGACGACCGUGUUUCGAUAUUGAAAACUCUUGCAAGGCGUAAGGAAACUCUUGCUAGGCGUAAGGAAACUCAUGCAAGGUUUAAGCUUAAGCCUAUUGAUGCCGAUGCCAGUGUGGAUUUGAGCGACAUUGCAAGAAUGAAAGCUUGUAAAAACUUUAAUGGUGCUGAUCUUGCUGCAUUGAUGGACAAUGCAAUAUUGGCCGCUCUCGCAGAGAAGAGGACCACAACCAGGACAAAAGAUGAUACAUUGACCGUCAAGGCAAGGCAUUUUGAGGUAGCACUGACUAAAGUCUCUCCGUCUGUGUCAGAAAUGCAAAGGAAGUACUAUGAGGGCAUUUCGAAGAGCUUUAAAGCAAAAUGAGAAGCACAGGAAGCUGCCAAUGACUUCUUUUGUUCUUUACUUCUUUUACAGUAUGUGAUUUUAAUCUACCGAAGAAAACGUGAGGAAACUAUUAGAGUGAAGCACGAUUUGUAUUUUGCUUUUUCAUUGCAAGUGCACUUUUCCUGCAGUAAGGAUACAAUUUUGUCAAUAGUGGUAGUUUAUGGCUCACGGCAUGGGUGACUAGUGUCCGAUAAAAAGAAAAAUAGUAGUAGAGUGAUUAUUUCCAAAAGGGUGGUAGUUUGGUACUUAUUUUUUUGUAAUAGUUUUACAGUCAUAACAAAGCCUCGAUUGAUUAUAAAUUGUAGAAGAUUCCAAUCAUUUUAGUAUAUAUCAUCAAAUAGACAGAGCGAUUUGAUUGCCCAAUCAUUUUAUGUGACUUGUUAAA